UCAUGACCUCAUUACUCUCUCUUCCCAUCCCAUUCCAUUGUGUCUUUUGUUUUAUAUGACCUAAAAUCUCUCUAUUAGUCUCCACUAAUUCUUCCAUGAUUCAAAACACACAUCUCUCCAUCUUACCAAUUUAAAGCAACAAAAAACACUCUUUUUAACGCACAAUACAGUACCCAUUGAAUUUGAAUACCUCUUUCCACUUGCUCAAAACAAAAAAGUACAUAAACAGAGAAACACAUAAUAAACAACCAGAAAGCUCCCUCUUCUCUGGCUUAUUCCCUUCUCCUCCAAUUCUCCCUUUUGAUUCCUUCUCUUCCCUAAACCAAAAUUCAAAACCCUAGAACCUGUCUCUCUCUGUCUCUCUGGUUUUAUUACUAUAUAUAUCCUAAACUAUUAAAGUUCCAUACUUCUAUUACCUGAUCAUGUUUUACUUUUGUACAGACCAAAAGCUACAAAGAAUUUCCCUUUCCAUAUAUAAAAAGACCCAACAUUUUUAGGGUUUUUCCUUACUCAAUUACAUAUCAAUCUGAAUGAUCUAAAGUUCUUUUUUUUUUGAAUUGGGAAAAAGUACAAUGUCAGAUGAUAUGUUGAUACAUUUUUCUUCUAACUCUUCUAAUCAAUCGGACCAGUCUUUACCCACCAAGAUUGCUAAACUUGAAGCUCGCAUGGUGGGCAAGACCUCCACACCUGUCCCUCCACAGCUACACCAGCAACAGCCGCAGCAGCAGCAGCAGCAGCAACCCAUUUGGUCCUCUGUCUCUUCUGCUGUAAAAUUUGGACCCACUGAAGACUUGGUUGAGCAUAUGAGCUCUAGUGAUUCUGAUGAUGAUAAUGGAGGGGAGUUUCUCAUACAAGCAAACACUCAAAAGCGCCAGAGAAUACAAGAAGAUGAUAAUUCAUCUGUGUUUGAACAUCUUGAGACAACCCAGGCAGUUGCUGAUGGAAAGCAAAAGACUGGAGAAACCAUAGAGAACAAGACCAGUGUUGAUUCAAAUAGGAGAAAACAAGGGCGUGGUAGGGGACAUUCUGUUUCAGGCAGAGGUCGUGGUUCUAGAGGCAAUGAUCAGGUGAAAUCACAAACUUCUACUGCAGCUGCUGUACCUUCAAAUGGUCACAUUGAGAACUCAUACCAUAAGGAUAACAGGCAUAAAGAGAAUUUACACAAUGAUGAUCACCCUUCAGUAGAGGAUGAGGUCACUUCCCUACGUGCCAAAGUUGCAGCACUAGAGGAGGAACUUCGUAAAUCUCGCCAAGAGGCCUCUGAUAAUCACAAUCUUUGCAAUCAGUUGGAAAAGGAGUUGAAGGAACUAAAAGAUUAUGAGCAACAAAUGAAGCCAAAGAGAACAAAAAUGAUAUCAGAUCUGCUGAUAUCUGUCUCAAAAGCAGAGAGACAGGAAGCAAGGAUGAAAGUUCGCCAAGAUUCUUUAAGACUUGGUAAUGUGGGUGUCAUCAGAGCUGGAACUAUCAUAUCUGAGACUUGGGAGGAUGGGCAAGUGCUAAAAGAUCUAAAUACUCAUCUUAGACAUCUAUUGGAAACGAAGGAGGCUGUUGAGCGGCAGCGGAAAUCAUUAAAGAAACGACAGUCUGAUAAGGGCGAAGGCAUAGAUGCUGAAUCAGGGGCACAAGAAGAAGAUAUUCUACUUCAGGAUGAGAUUUUCAAAUCUCGUCUUGCAAGCAUUAAACGUGAGGAAGAAAUUAUUUUGCGUGAGAGAGAUCGAUAUGAACUAGAAAAGGGACGGCUUAUACGUGAAAUGAAAAGAAUAAGAGAUGAAGAUGGUUCCCGUUUUAAUAAUUUUCAGAUCUUGAAUCAUCGAUAUGCCCUUCUAAACCUCCUUGGGAAGGGAGGCUUCAGCGAGGUUUACAAGGCUUAUGAUUUGGUAGAGCAUAAAUACGUUGCAUGUAAGCUUCAUGGACUGAAUGCCCAGUGGAGCGAGGAUAAGAAGCAAAGUUACAUAAGGCAUGCGAUACGAGAGUACAACAUUCACAAGACAUUGGUGCAUAACCACAUUGUUCGCCUUUGGGACAUUUUUGAGAUUGACCAGAAUACAUUCUGCACUGUCUUAGAGUACUGUAGUGGAAAAGAUCUUGAUGCCGUUCUUAAAGCAACACCUAUAUUGCCUGAGAGAGAAGCUCGGAUCAUCAUUGUCCAGAUAUUUCAAGGCCUUAUAUACUUGAAUAAAAGAUCACAGAAGAUUAUCCACUAUGAUCUGAAACCUGGGAAUGUUCUGUUUGAUGAGUUUGGCAUCGCUAAAGUUACUGAUUUUGGUCUGAGCAAGAUAGUGGAGAAUGAUGUUGGAUCACAGGGUAUGGAACUUACUUCCCAGGGAGCUGGAACAUAUUGGUACCUUCCACCAGAAUGCUUUGAGCUUAGCAAGACCCCAUUAAUAUCAUCAAAGGUUGAUGUCUGGUCAGCUGGAGUUCUAUUUUACCAGAUGCUCUUUGGCAGGCGUCCAUUUGGGCAUGAUCAGACUCAAGAGCGUAUAUUGCGUGAAGACACAAUUAUCAAAGCUCGCAGGGUUGAUUUUCCAACAAAGCCUUCAGUGUCAAAUGAGGCAAAAGAUCUUAUUCGUCGAUGUCUAACAUAUAAUCAAACUGAGAGACCUGAUGUUCUAACUCUUGCACAAGAUCCGUACCUUACAUAUUCAAAGAAGUAGCGUACAGAUACACAGAUAAGGAGGUUGCAUAUGGCAGGAAGUUGGCCAGUAUCCCUUGAUCAAACUAAGCAACUUAGAAUUUUGUAUAGGUUGUAAAGGUUUUGUAAAUUUUUGCCUGGUUGCUUUUUCAGGCCAACAGUUUGGGGCUGCUCCCUUCCUUUUCGGCUUAAGCUUAUUUAUAUAUUUCUUCAAUUAUAUGUUGUAACAGGUGCUUAUAUCUUUUGAUAAAGGAAAAGAAAUGACCUGUACAGAGAAUUUUACUUUACUUUCAGGUAAUGCAGAAGGAAAGUUAGUGAUUUGAGUACAA